CUGAGUAUACUCAAACGUUCGAGUAAAUCGUCGUGCGAUUUGUCUGAAUCGGAACCGGACACGAUGAAAGACUUGCAAUCGUUCACUGGCUUUGCUACGGCCUACAAGAAUAUGACUGCAUCCCCUGAUGGGACACAAUUAUUGUUCAAGUAA